AUGUCGGGCAGGCGUAAAGCUUCAAAGAGCCCGCAGGCCAACAACGGCUGUGGUGACGCUGCAUGCGGCGCGAACAGUGCAAGUAGUGAAGUCCCUGGGGGAGACAAAUGCGGCUCUCUCAUGGAAGACCGCGCCCUCCUCACGAACCUGCUGGAGGCUGCAGCCAGCGGCAACAAAGACUCACUUCUCGCGGCUAUCAACAAAGUUGCACAGAAAUACGGCACGCGUAAUGCAUCAGGAACGGAAACCCCGGCCUCAGCGACCCCAGAAGAGGGAGAAUCAGCAGCAGCAGGAGCAAAAGGGCCAGCAGCAACUGCUCCGCAAGCAGCAGAAGGAACAGAGUGUGGAAAGUUUGGCCUGAUCCCGGAUUUGCUGUUAGGAUUCCGCGACGGAGAAGGACGCACAGUAGCUCACUUUGCAGCUUUAGGUGGUUCUGCUGAGGUGUUGGAGCUGGUGUUACGUGUGUGUCCUUCGGCGCCCACGGCCCGUGACAGCUACGGGAAAACCCCUCUCUUUACUGCUGCUUCGCUAGGCAACACGGAGAUGCUGAAGCUGCUGCUGGACAGCGGUGGAGACGCUGCAGCGCGAAGCAAAGGUGGCAGCACCGCUGUGCACGAGGCCAUCUACUGGACAGCGGUGGAGACGCUGCAGCGCGAAGCAAAGCCCAAUACGACUUCUUCUAUGGGAACUCCUCUGCAGAUAGCGGCGGUGACGCAGCAGCAGGAGAUCCUCAAGCUGCUUCUGUCUCACGGCGCAGACCCCAACAAUUGCCCGGGAUCUGAUCCUGGCACCGAUCCCACUGUCGAUACGGGGCGUGAUUCCAAUGCCUCCGUUUCCUACUCCAGCCCCUUCCCCCCUGCAUUAAUUCUCGCAGCCUCGAAGAACGAUUGCUCCUGCCUUCAACUGCUGCUUGAGCACGGGGCCGAUUACAACGCGACGGAUUCCGAAGGUUUCACAGCUCUUCACUGUGCAGCAGAAACAAACUGCGUGAAAUGUGCAGAACAGCUCCUCAAAGCGGGCGCUGAUUGGGGAAUCGCUGCUGCCGUACGUGGACGGAUCGACUCCCCUCGACUUGGCGAAGCGCCUGCAGUGGCUCAGCUGCUCGAGCCCCUAGGCCUCAGUCCCCAGCAGAAGAGGCCCCCGCCUCAAAGGCCUUCAUCCAACCAGCGGCCAGCAGCAGCAGAGGCUGAGCGGACAGGGCCAACCGGCUCGACUGAUGGCCCAGCUGAGGGGGCUAAGCAGGCGCCUCCUGUCCUUAUAACCUUGGAUCCUACGGCUCCCGCUCCGCCCGAGGCGGUGGCAAGGGUCGAGAAGUUGAAGGAGGCCGGAAACGCCGCGUUCCGUAAGGGGGACUUUGCCGCUGCCAAAGUUAAAUACUCUGAGGCGAUUGAGGAGUGCCCUAAGGUGGCGGCUGCGCGGGAGUUGCUGGGGGUACUCUACUCGAACCGAAGCUUCACUCAUGAACAGCUCGAAGAUGCGCAUGGGGCCCUGGAAGAUGCGCAGGCGGCGGCCCAGCUGCGUCCCGAAUGGAGCAAAGCGCAGUAUCGCCUGGCGCGGGCGCGCCGUCUCGAAGGCGCAGAGGAGGAGUACAUCGCCCAGUUGUGGGAGGCGCUCCGCCUAGACCCCGCAAAUACCCAAAUUCAGUAG